AUGUGCUGUACUUCGUACUGUACGUUAUGGACAGUGUGCUGCUUUAUUUAUGAAUGGGUGGUCAGAAUGAGUGUCACAUGUAAUUAAAUGUCAGAGUUAUGUACAAUGUGAAACCGUGCAGACGUGCGUUCUCCUACAGUAGGACUACCGCCGAACUACUGCUGCCACAGCCGCAACCGUCACCGGGACCACGUCACACCCAGCCACGGAUGACCUUGCAGCCAGAGGGGGACCAAAAGUGUGGUUGAAUACGACUGUUCAGAAUGGCUCCCUGCUCAUGCAUGUUUUCCUCUCCCACCUCUGUCGCCUGCAAUGGAUCGGACCAUGGGCUGGGUGCCACAGACGCUUGAUGACAACGGAAGACGAGGAGCGACUGCCAAAUGAUUAUCGACAAACGGAGGAACCAACGUGACAUUUCUGGUUCCUAUUCCGCUGUAAGACGUUCAACGUGCCUUGGUGGGCGUGGAUUAUUGGCUAGCGUGGUUUGAUUGUCAGGGGGAUGUAAAAAGCCACCAGGAGAAGUCAGUCAGUCAGUGAUACACAAACGACACUAGGACGCCCCGGCUGUGAGAGACAACACAACCUGGAAGUUGCCCAACUGACAAGAAACAUGACUUCAGUAGAGGUCUCCUGGCCCGUCCCCAUGAGGGCCAUCGGCGCUCAGAACCUGCUCACCAUGCCAGGGGGUGUGUGCCACUCUGGUUACGUGCACAAGAAAGGAGGGAGCCAGUUCAGCCUUAUGAAGUGGCCUCUUCGCUACUUAAUCAUCCACAAGGGAUGUGUGUAUUACUUCAAGAGCAGCACCAGUCCUGCACCGCAAGGAGCUUUCUCUCUCAAUGGCUACAACAGGGUGAUGAGGGCAGCAGAAGAGACCACCUCCAGUAACGUGUUUCCCUUCAAAAUCGUCCACUUCAGUAAGAAGCACCGUACCUGGUACUUCUCAGCAGCCAGUGAGGAUGAGAGAAGGAAAUGGAUGCGAAAUCUGCGGAAAGAAAUUGAUCACUACAAUGACAGAAGGGAUUCACAUGUUUCAAGUGACUCCGAAUCUGAUGCAGACAGCUUCUAUGGAUCGAUCGAGUGCCCCAUGGACAUAACCCAUGCCCCAGAUGACCCAGAAGGCAAUUACAUGUUAGAGGAUGAAGAAGACGAUGAGGAUGACUAUGAAAAACCAGACAGCCCAGCAACAUCUACUGGAAGGCCAACCGUCCCACCACCAUCCUACCCACCUCCCCCAGUCCCAUGCCAGUUCAGAAUGGAAUCCAUGUCAGGAUUCUGCAAAGGUCUCCCCCCUCCCGUGCCUGCCCCCAACAGGAGCACCACCAGCCCCCUUCCAAAGAAACCGCCAGCGCCCUUACCUCCACCCAAGCUCGGAGAGGUCAGCCACAACCAACAUGGACACAAGGACAUCCCAAACAAGGGCCCCCCUCGUCCUCCUCCCACCCACCUCAAGCCUAGCUCAGAGAGGAGUGCAUGGAGUCCUAAGAGCCCGAUACACCCUCCCCCUCCCAUGGCCAGCCUAAAGAUGCAAGCGAUGAUGGGGCAGAUUUCUAUCUCCACCAUACCUGGGGGGAAACACAAAGACAGGAUGCCCCCUGUUCCAGUGACCCUGCAGUCUCCCGCCACCCUGUCCAUCUGCAGCGACCUGGAAAGGAAGAUGGUGCUGCAUUCCAGCCCUAGUCCACCUGGUUGCCGUGGCAACAACCCCAGUCACAUUCCGAGCAUGCCCAACCACUGCCUCAGCUCUAGACCAGCUCCAGAUCUCCCACCACAGGCCUUGCCAGCACUGAACCACACCAAGCCUGGACUGUACAAACCACCCCUGGUACCCAAACUUCCAUGUCCUGCGGUCAAGCCUAAACUACCCAGAGGGUCAGCACAAAGAUCUUCUCCAGAUGGACAAAGCUUCCGGACCACAGUGGACGAGGUGCCUGCCUCUUUCAGAAAGAGCAGGGAUCCAUCCAAGGACACUGAUGAUGACUCUGAUGAAGACUAUGAGAAUAUGCAAUUACCAGAUUCUGUGUUCAUGGACACAACAGAAACAACCAAUAUUGAAAAGUUAUUUAAGGAAAGCUCCAGAACACCGCAGGAUGGUCUCUACUGCUUCAGGAACUCAGGAACAAAGACAUCAAAGGUGCUGGUGGUGUGGGAUGUGAGUGUGUGCAAGGCCAGAAACUACCGGCUCUUUGAGGAGGACUCCCGGGUGUUCUUGGAGUUAGAGAUGACAUUUCCCUCCCUGUCAGCCCUAGUGGAGCACUACCAUAGCCACCCUCUACCCAAUCACGGCUCUCUGUGUCUGCAGAAGCCAUAUGGUUACAUCGUGCCAAGGUGACCCCGCCAUGACCCCAUCCUGAGGUCACGGCCUCAUCUGCCCAUAUGGAGCCUCUCCUCUUUGGCGUCUACCAUGGUUCUGCCACUGUAAUGAACUACAGUAGAAACCUACUACAACAGAAACACAGCCACAGUGUCCACUGUAAAGCAAGGCAGAUUGUUGCAUCUCUGUAACAGAGCCUGAGUAAAUGUUGGAGCGGUUCUGAUGAGCAUCAUGGCAUGGAUUCUAGCCCUAAACAACCUUUGGGCAGAGGUGCAACGAGUGCAGAUGGUUGCAGUUGUUGAAGAAAAUAUGGCAUCUGUGACAAUGAGGACAAUGAUCUGUAUAGGUCUUUCUGUAUGCUCAACUGGAGUGCCACAGGGUUACAGAACACAGUUGUAUUAUGUGAGGACUACUGCAGGACUAGUGCUGUAAAGGUCUGUCAUUACACUGGAUAGCAGCAGGUGAACUGCUGUGGUGUUGCCAAGAAUACAUGUUGGAGCAAGCAAAUGUUAAGAUUUGUGGGUUGAAUGCACAUAAAUCUCAGUGCACAAAACCAGUGAUAUCUAUGAUCAUGUAAUCACACUUUAAAUGAAACUGUCCACACAUGUAGUAUUGCACUGUAUAGAAUUGUAUGUAUUGUAAAAAUCAUUUUGUAAAGUUGUAAAAAUAUUAUUUCGGAUUAUAUAAAAAUGUUUUUAUAAUGUAUAACUGGAUAACAGCAGAAGGCAGGUGUAGAUUCCAUUGGGUGGCGCUGUUUGGUGCCGCACCAUGUAACCAUGCCCAUGCAAUAGUCUGAGUGUGACUCAAGAUGCAAAUCAGUCCUCCAUUUCCUAGUUGCUAAAAUUAUAAUAGUUUGCCUAAUUUCAGUUUAUGUAACAGAACAAUCAGUCAUUGUGUAUGGAAUCAUUGUACCAUCUACACUGCUGUUAAAUAUCUUUACCAUAACCAAAAAUAUUGUAUUUUAAGCUGGUGUACAAAACCAAAAUUAAAAGAUGCAAAAACUAAAA